GGCCCCGCAGCGACAUGUGACCAUGGACCGCAGGACCAGGGAAAAUCCAGAAAGAACUUUUGACUUGGUGUUGAAAGUGAAGUGCCAUGCCUCUGAAAAUGAAGGUCCUGCGAUACUGUGGAAAUUCCCAGAGGACUUUGGAGACCAGGAAGUACUGCAGAGCGUGCCCAAGUUCUGUUUUCCCUUUGACGUGGAAAGGGCAUCUCAGAAUCAAGUUGGACAGCACUUUACCUUCGUACUGACAGACAUUGAAAGUAAGCAGAGAUUUGGGUUCUGCAGACUCACAUCAGGAGGCAGAAUUUGUUUAUGUAUUCUUAGUUAUUUGCCGUGGUUUGAAGUGUACUAUAAGCUUCUCAACACUCUGGCAGAUUACUUGGCGAAGGAACUGGAAGAUGAUUUGAAUGAAACUCUCAAAUCACUCUAUAACCACCCAGUACCGAAGGCAAACACACCUGUCAACUUGAGUGUGAACCAAGAGCUAUUUAUUGCCAGUGAGCAAGUUCUGAAAGAUCAACCCUCACUGAUGCUGCACUCCUGUUUCAUUGCCCCUGACAUAACUGGACUCCCGACGAUCCCGGAGAGUAGAAACCUGACAGAGUACUUCGUUGCCGUGGACGUGAACAACAUGCUGCGGUUGUACGCCAGCAUGUUGCACGAGAGGCGCAUCAUUAUUACCUCGAGCAAAUUAAGCACUUUAACCGCCUGUCUCCACGGCUCGGCCGCUCUGCUCUACCCGAUGUACUGGCAGCACAUCUACAUCCCCGUGCUUCCUCCACACCUGCUGGACUACUGCUGUGCCCCAAUGCCAUACCUGAUUGGAAUACACUCCAGUCUCAUAGAGAAAGUGAAAAAUAAAUCAUUGGAAGAUGUUGUUGUGUUAAAUGUUGACACAAACACUUUAGAAUCACCAUUUAAUGACUUGAGCAACCUACCCAGUGAUGUGGUCUCGGCCUUGAAAAAUAAGCUGAAGAAGCAGUCCACGGCUACGGGAGAUGGAGUGGCUCGGGCCUUUUUGAGGGCACAGGCUGCUUUGUUCGGAUCCUAUAGGGAUGCUCUGAGAUACAAGCCUGGUGAGCCCAUCACCUUCUGUGAGGAGAGCUUUGUGAGGCACCGCUCCAGUGUGAUGAGACAGUUCCUGGAGACUGCAGCUAACCUUCAGCUGUUUAAACAGUUUAUUGAUGGUCGACUGGCAAAGCUUAAUGCAGGAAGGGGUUUCUCUGAUAUAUUCGAAGAAGAGAUCACUUCGGGUGGCUUCUCUGGAGGGAGCCCGAAGUCGUAUCAACAGUGGGUGCAUACAGUCAAGAAAGGAGGUGCAUUGUUCAAUACAGCAGUGACCAAAGCCACCCCUGCUGUACGGACUGCCUACAAAUUCGCAAAGAGUCACGCCAGACUGGGACUACGAGAGGUGAAGAGUAAGCUGAAACACAAGGACAAUGAGGAAGAUUAUGGGACCUGUUCUGGUUUGGUACAGUAUGCACCAGUUUACACAUUACACAGUGAAAAGGGAGGAGACAGAGACAAACAUAAACUUUCCCAGGCACACUUGAGAAGGCCUCAUAAGAGCCUCGAUGGUACCCUGUUUGAUGAUGAUGAUGAUGACAUUGAACGAGCAAGCAAGGUGUCUUCUGAGGAUGGCGAGGAAACGUCUGCUUAUUUCUACGAGAGCGACGACUCCAUUGGAGCUCAAGUGAAGGCGCCUUAUUCAGGUGAGAUGGACUUGCUGGGGGAGAUCCUGGACACGCUGAGCACACACAGCUCCGAUCAAGGCAAGCUGGCAGCUGCAAAGAGCCUGGACUUCUUCAGAUCCAUGGAUGACAUCGAUUACAAACCUACGAACAAGUCCAAUGCUCCCAGUGAGAAUGACCUGGCCCUACUGUGUGCUUCUGGUGAUCAAGGAGAGUGGAAUCUCGGGCAGGACGACAGCGCCCUCCAUGGCAAGCACCUCCCUCCCUCCCCCAGGAAGAGAGUUUCCUCCAGUGGCUUCACAGAGUCUCUGUUUAUCCUGAAAGAGGAGAACAAUGAGAAACCCUGCUGUGUGGACAGUCCGUGUGACCCCGCUGUGGUGGAAAAGCCAGCUUCUACUCCAGGCUUGGGUGUCCAGCCAGCUUCCCCAGAGGCCUGUCAGAUGGGUGAAGGAGAAGCAGAGCUGAGGGAAACACUAAGUCAGGCCUCAGAGAGCCUGCUGCUGCCCAGCAUCGGGAGCCGCCAGUCCACUUUCGUUCCCUGGGAGAAAGGAGGAAAAGAGCCUGAGGAGCCUUCAGAAGGCGGUGGACUGCUCCAAGAAGUAGUGUCAUUGUGUCACAUGUCAUGUGACUUCCAACAAGGUUUAAACAUUUCAGAAGGAAAUAGAAGUGAAGACCAAACUUAAGGUACCAGUAAAGGGUCAGUCAUUGCCGCUUGCCUUUUGGCUUCUCCAGAGACAUGUGGAACUAUUUCCCUGUGAUGCUUACAGUAAACAGAAUCACUCAUAGGAAUGAAAA